AGGAAAAGCAAAACAAAAUGGAGGAGGCUGCUCUUCGAGAUUCACGGCCGGUUGCGCAGGCCACCGAGGACGCAUCUAUGACACAGCAGGACGAGGCCCUGCUGGAAGAAGAGAUGGAGAGACUAUUGGAAGAAAACGACUAUCUGAAGUGCGAGAUCAAGGAGAUGAGGGCCGAGAUGGACGAAAUGCGUGACACGUUCUAUGAGGAAGACACGUGUCAGCUGCAGGACAUUAAGCGCGACCUGGAGCGGGCCAACAAAAACUGCCGGAUCCUGCAGUACCGCCUGCGCAAGGCCGAGAGGAAGCGCCUGCGCUACGCCCACACGGGGGAGAUCGACGAGGAGCUUCUCAGGAGUCUGGAACAGGACCUCAAGGUGGCCAAAGAUGUGUCAGUGAGGCUUCACCACGAGUUGGAGAAGGUGGAGGAGACCCGCGCCAAGACGGAAGACGAGAACGAGAAGCUGAGACAGAGCCUCAUUGAGGUGGAGGUGACCAAACAAGCCCUGCACAACGAACUAGAAAAAACCAAAGAGAAGAAACGAGGAGGGAAGGACAUUCAGAAGACAGACAAGAAAGCGGCGCAGACUCCCACUGAGGAGGACAACGAGGACCUAAAGUGCCAGUUGGCCUUGAUCAAGGAAGAGGCCAUACUCAUGAGGAGGAAGACGGCGACCAUCGACAAGGAGAAGGACCGUCUGGAGCAAGAGCUGCAAAAGUAUCGCUCCUUCUACGGCGAAUUGGACAGCAGCCAUCCCAAGGGCGAGGCCGGGGGUCCGCCGUCUACCCGCGAGUCAGAGCUCAAGCUGCGCCUCCGUCUUGUGGAGGAGGAAGCCAACAUCCUGGGGAGGAAAAUAGUCGAGUUGGAGGUGGAGAACCGAGGCCUCCGAGCCGAGCUGGACGACCUGCGCGGUGAGGGCGAAGGGGAGGGCAGCUCCGGGGUCGGCUCAGCUGGGGGUCCUGGUUUGGGGCGAGGGCUCGGGGACGACCUGACGGAGCUCAGGCAGCAGCUGCAGCUGGUGGAGGACGAGGCGGAGCUUCUGAGGAGGAACCUCGCCGACGCAGAGGAACAGAACCAGAGGGUGACCAACGAGCUGAACAAGAUGCGAUUCAAAGCCGGCACUCACGAGGGCGGGGCCCGGCACGGAGGAUUCUCGGGGGUAGGCGGGAUGGACGGCGCGAAGGCCGAGGCCCUGCAGGAGGAACUGAAGGCGGCCAGGCUUCAGAUCAAUGACCUAAGUGGCAAGGUGAUGCAGCUCCAAUACGAGAACCGCGUUCUGUUGUCCAACAUGCAGCGCUACGACCUGGCCUCCCACCUGUCACUGCGGCCCAGUCCGAGGGACAGCGACGCCGAGAGCGACAGCGGCGGCGGGACGAGCGGCCGUCGCGAAAGCGACGAAGACUCCACAUCCUCCCGCCUGCUCCCCCCUCACCGCAAACGCGAGGGCCCCAUCGGCGGCGAAAGCGAUCCGGAUGAAGUCCGAAACAACAACGGCGUCGGUCGUUGCGUGACACCCACCAGGGGUCUCCUCACUCCAUCCGGACCCGAAGGGGCCGCCUCCUCCCCGUUGGCUCGCUUCCUGGCCGGCGGACGGUGCAGUCUGCGUGACAGACAGCAGAUGAUCGACAUCCGAGUGGAGGCGGAGAGGCUUGUCCGGACCAUCGACCGACUGAUCGCCGACACGACGGCUAUCGUCUCGGAGGCGAGGGUGUACGUUUCCAACGGCGAGCUGGAGCAAGGCGGCGAGGACGACGGGGGCCGGAUCAGGGAGCACGAGCUGCUGUAUCACCUCAUCUCGCAGAUGAAAGCCUUCAGGAAGGAACUACAGGCUUUCGUUGAGAGAUUGGAAGUGCCCAGGCUGGAGGACAGGAAUACUGAGGAGCCGUUGUCGAUGUUCCAGCCAAUCAUUUUGUUCAUCCUCAUACUUGUGCUGUUUUCCUCCCUCUCCUACGCCACCAUCUUUAAGCUAGUCUUUCUCUUCACCCUUUUCUUUGUUCUGUGACUCAACGCCGCCCCCCACCACCCUGCCACCGCUUUCUUUCUCGG